GAUAGGUCCGCGGUCACACUAAGUAGAAAACUUGGAUUAAAACGAAAAGCGAAAAAAUUAUUAGUCAAGCAAAAGCCCAUAGAAAUUCGUCGUCAGCCCCAGCCCCGAAGGUCCACGAAAGGCGACCACAGCAAGCGCAACCAUGUCCUGGACAGAGAAAGUCGACCCGGAGCUCAUUUUCACCAAACAGGAGCGCAUAGGCAAGGGCUCCUUCGGUGAGGUGUUCAAAGGCAUCGACAAUCGCACCCAGCAGGUGGUGGCCAUAAAGAUAAUCGAUUUGGAGGAGGCCGAGGAUGAGAUCGACGACAUACAGCAGGAGAUCAUGGUGCUGUCGCAGUGCGACUCGCCGUACGUGACCAAGUACUAUGGGUCCUUCCUGAAGGGCACCAAGCUGUGGAUCAUCAUGGAGUAUCUGGGUGGCGGCUCAGCCUUGGAUCUGAUGAAGGCUGGCUCCUUCGAGGAGAUGCACAUCGGUAUCAUACUGAGGGAGGUCCUCAAAGGUCUCGACUACUUGCACUCGGAGAGAAAGCUGCAUCGAGAUAUCAAGGCGGCCAAUGUUCUCUUGAGCGAGCAGGGGGACGUGAAGCUGGCUGAUUUCGGAGUGGCUGGCCAGCUGACAAACACCACCUCGAAGAGGAACACCUUCGUGGGCACGCCCUUCUGGAUGGCCCCCGAGGUGAUUAAGCAAUCGCAGUACGAUUCGAAGGCGGACAUCUGGUCGCUGGGAAUCACUGCGAUUGAGCUGGCCAAGGGCGAACCGCCCAACUCCGAGCUGCAUCCGAUGCGCGUCCUCUUCCUCAUACCCAAGAACAAUCCGCCCCAGCUGACUGGCAACUACACCAAGUCGUUCAAGGACUUUGUCGAGGCCUGCCUCAACAAGGACCCCGAGAACCGGCCCACAGCCAAGGAGCUGCUCAAGUAUCCGUUCAUCAAGAAGGCCAAGAAGAACGCCUACCUGAUCGAUCUGAUUGACCGCUUCAAGAAGUGGAAGGUCUCCAAGGGCGACGAGAGCGAGACGGAGUCUGAGAACUCCGACUCGGACUCGGAUGCCAAGCAGAGCGGCAGCAGCCAGGACGAGCCCUGGAUCAUGACCGUCAAGGGGCUGCACAUCAACAGUGCCCCGCGAGCGGGCGUCAACAGCUUCCAGCUGCAGGAGCACGAGCUGACCAUGCAGAAGCUGAUGCAGACCACACAAUCCCCGGCCGGUGGCAAUUCCAUCUCCUCGGUCUCCGUCAACUCUGCAUCCAAUUCGAACGAAGCGUCAGCAUCUGCCACAGCGUCGGCCAACGCUCUGCCAACCCAGGCGAACCACAACCAUAGCCACAGCCACAAUAACAACAACAACAAUAAUCACUUGAGCAACAAACAUGCCACGACCACGACUAUGCUUAAUGCUCAGCCUCCGAGCUCGGCUGGAGUGACGGCAUCAUCGGGUGUGACCACUUCCUCCUCGGCCAAUGAACUAAUCCAGAAGCGAUCCAGCUCCAAGCCGGAGCUACGUCAGUCCCGUUCAGCGGCUCCCUUGGAUCAGGUGGAGGAGCGUCGUGCCUCUCUGGGACUGCCAAUGCAGCAACAACUACUACAACUACAACAGCAGCAGCAACAGCAGCAACGUCGCAGCAGCCAACGUGAAUCAUUCCAUGCAACAAACGCCAGCAGCAGCAGCAACAACAUCAACGACGAGCAUCAUCCCUCUUCCAAUCAUGUGAAACAGCCUCCAACGGGCCAACACCGCGUAAACCACACGAACAGUGCCUGUUUGAACAAUUUCCUCUUCCCCGUACUGAGCGACAUCCAGAGGAAGUACUCGGGCGGCAGCGGCGGCGGCAGCACCAGCAAGAACAUGGGCGUCGGCAGCGACAUUGGCGACCUCAAGUCGGUGUUCGAGCUGGCCGAACGGUCCAGCCCGGGAGUGAGUGACCUGUUCAUGAAGGAGCUUAUCCACAUGCUCGUGCCGGGCUAUUCGGAGACGCGCAUCAACAAUAUCAUGGACCGCGCCAUACGCAAUCGCAAGUAGGGCCGUCCAACGGCCAACCCAAAUUCCAAACCAACCAACCUAUAUAAAUAUAUAUAAAAUUAUUAACACAACCCCCGACACGAACAGAGAAACAAAAGAAGAGAAUCGAAGAAGAAAGAGGAGAAAAACACCAGAAAUAGACAUGUAUUGUAUUCCGACAUUAUUUAGUGGCCAAUGGAGCAGCAGGAGAUAUGUAUAUGUAUUUCAAUUGAACAGUUAUUUAGGCAUACAAUAUGUAUUCGUUUGUUUAUCUGCAAUAUUAAUCUAAUGUAAAACAUAUAUAACUUCAAAAUAAAAACGACCGAAAAAAUCAUUA